AUGUCUCCUGAACUACUUGAAAUACCUCUUGAGCCACUCAGCUUGCUGGCACCCGUCGUUACCAAAAUUGAGUCUUCAAACAGUAAUCAGUGCACAAAUGAUACUCUGGAAACUGCUGUUGCAUCUGGUGUAUCUUUCAGAACAAACCCAGCAGAAUUCACUGAAGCGGUAAUCGAAACAUCAGAAGAAAAUAUCAACGAAGAGGAAGAUGAAGAUGAAGAUUACCCCGAAGGUGGAAUUGAAGCAUGGAGUGUGGUUUUGGCCUCUUUUCUAGGCCUUUUUGCAGUCUUUGGACUAUGUACAUCCAUGGGUGCAGUCCAGGCUUAUGUUGCAGUUUAUCAACUUUCAAAUAAAUCAGAAUCACAAAUAUCUUGGAUUUUCUCUGUUUUCAUAUUCUUUAUUUUUUUGCUUGCUUCCUAUGUUGGGCCCAUCUACGAUGCUUACGGACCAUACCAGCUGAUAAUUACUGGAACCUUUUUGUUUACAUUGGGUCUCAUUACUACAAGUUUCUGCGUUGAAUAUUACCAAUUUUUCUUGGCCUUUUCUGUUUGUACUGGAAUUGGCGGAGCUCUAUUGGUAACACCUAUUGUUUCAAUAAUUGGCCAAUGGUUUGAUAAACGUCGUGCCACUGCAAUGGCCCUGGCUACUGUUGGUGGAAGUGUUGGAGGUAUAGUCUAUCCUCUCAUGCUACGCAAACUCUACUCUUCCAUCGGGUAUCCAUGGGCUCUUCGGGUUCUUGGGUUUCUUUGUCUUGGACUUUUAAUCUUUUCUCUUCUUUUGAUGAAGACUCGUAUGACCACCCCAGAAGACUCUCGAUCAAUUCGUGAAACCGUUACUCGUGCGGCUACCAACAUGUUCGAUUAUCACCAACUCCAAGACCUUCGUUUUACUGGCCUUGCUGUUGCAAAUUUCCUCGGUGAAAUCGGCAUAACCAAUUGCCAAACAUUUCUGACCUCAUAUGCACUUGCACAAAACCACACAGAAGGGUUCUCCUAUUCCAUUCUUGCCAUUCUCAAUGCUUCAGGUAUUGCAGGACGUAUCAUAACGGGGUUUUUGGCUGAUAAAUUGGGUAGAUUUAACACAGUCAUUGCUUCUUGUGCAAUGUCAGCCCUUACGGUAUUUGUUGUCUGGCUUCCAUUUGGUGCCACAACCGCUGGUCUCAUUGCCUUUGCAUUGACACACGGAUUUUGCAAUGUUGGUAUCGUAGCACUUGCCCCUGCCUGCUGCGGUCAAAUCUGCAGAACACGGGACUAUGGCAAACGCUAUGGGUUUAUGUACUUUGUUGCAUCCGUCACUAUUCUCAUUGGCGUGCCUAUCUCUGGUGCUUUGAUUACAAAUGAGAAAGAUUAUACAAACUUUAUAAUUUUUGAUGGUGUUGUUUAUAUAGCUACGACCCUAGCUUUGCUUUAUUCCCGCUACGCUGCUGUUGGCUUCCGUUGGUGUAAAUGGUAG